GGUUUCCAGCCCGGGCGGAAUAGUCGAGCACCGGGUGUAGCCGAGCUAACAUUAGCAUAGUUAGAUCUAGCUAGCAUGUAGGUUGUACCAUUGCGCACUGUUCUGUGUGUUUGUCUUAGGAAAUUCGUGUUCAACGCGAUUCCUUCCGACCCGAGGCGUCGCGGUGCAUGUCGGCGGACGCCUUAUGACAGUUGUCCUCCAAGUCGUCGAUUUGAUCCGUGCAGUGUUCGCCGAUGAGCUAGCUAGCCUAUGGGUGUCAAAGUUAGCCGUGCCUUCACCGGGUGCCUGGUUGCCUGAGCUCGAAUUACGGACACGUCAAGGUAAACAGCGCUGGGCCUGAGCUCACAUUACGGACACGUCAAGGUUCCCCAACCUGUCUUUAUAGUACCUGGGGGCAGUGAUGUCGGAACCGAAGCCCCCCACUCCCACUCCAGCCGGCGACACAUACAAAGGCUGGGUGUUCAAAUGGACCAAUUAUAUCAAAGGUUAUCAGCGGCGGUGGUUCGUUCUGAGCAAUGGACUGUUGUCAUAUUACAGGACCCAGGCCGAAAUGGGGCACACGUGCCGGGGCACCAUCAACCUGGCGACGGCCUCCAUCGCCGUGGACGACGCCUGCAACUUUGUCAUCUCCAACGGCGGCACGCAGACCUACCACCUGAAGGCCAGCUGCGAGGUGGAGCGCCAGCGCUGGAUCACAGCCCUGGAGCUGGCCAAAGCCAAGGCGGCCCGCAUGCAGGCUGAGUCAGACGACUCCGGCGACGACUUCUCCCUGUCCUGCCCCCCCGCGCCCCACGGGCAGAGCUCCGCCGCCGCGUCGCAGAACUCCGAGGUCCAGUCCACGCUGCGCACCCUGGCCAGCAAGGUGGAGGAUCUGAGCACGUGCAAUGACCUCAUCUCCAAGCACGGCUCCGCCCUCCAGAGAUCUUUGUCGGAGCUGGACAGCCUACGUCUCACUGGAGAGGCCGGCGACAAGAUUCGACAGGUCACUGAGAGAGCCACGCUGUUUCGCAUUACCUCCAACGCCAUGAUUAAUGCGUGCCGGGACUUCCUGGCGCUGUCGCAGGCCCACAGCAAGCGGUGGCAGAAGGCCCUGCAGGCGGAGCGCGACCAGCGGAUCCGCCUGGAGGAGACCCUGGAGCAGCUGGCCAAGCAGCACAACAACCUCGAGCGGGCCUUCCGCGGGAACUCGCAGUCCAACACCACGCUGGACAGCAAGGGUUCGGCGGGGCCCGGGAAGGGCGAGGCGAGCGACGACGACGACGACAACGAGUUCUUCGACGCCAUGGAGGAGGCCCCAGAGUUCAUCACCGUUCCCGCCGACCCCCAGUUCCACAAACGCUCUAGCAGUAACGUCAGCGGCUUCAACAGUGAAAUGGGUUCAGACGACCAGUCGCUCAAUGAGGAGCCCCUCUCGGCCAACCAGGACUCGCCGUCGCUGGACCUGGUGCCGGUGAAGAAGAGGCGCAGCCGCAUCCCGGAUAAACCCAACUACUCCCUGAACCUCUGGAGCAUCAUGAAGAACUGCAUCGGCAAGGAGCUGUCCAAGAUCCCCAUGCCGGUGAACUUCAACGAGCCCAUCUCCAUGCUGCAGCGGCUGUCCGAGGACCUGGAGUACCACGAGCUGCUGGACAAGGGCGCCAAGUGCGGCAGCGCCCUGGAGCAGCUGUGCUACGUGGCGGCCUUCUCCGUCUCCUCCUACUCCACCACGGUGCACCGCACGGGCAAGCCCUUCAACCCCCUGCUGGGGGAGACCUACGAGCUGGACCGCGGCCGGGAGAGUGGCUACCGCUCCCUCUGCGAGCAGGUGAGCCACCACCCGCCCGCGGCCGCGCACCACGUGAUCUCUAGCCGGGGCUGGACGCUGCGGCAGGAGAUCACUGUGGCCAGCAAGUUCAGGGGCAAAUACAUCUCUAUCAUGCCCCUAGGAACCAUCCACGCCAUCUUUGAGAAGGGCGACAAUCACUACACCUGGAAGAAGGUCACCACCACGGUUCACAACAUCAUCGUGGGCAAGCUGUGGAUCGACCAGUCGGGGGAGAUCGACGUGGUGAACCACACCACCGGCGACCGAUGCCACCUGAAGUUCGCCCCCUACAGCUACUUCUCCAGAGACGUGGCGAGGAAGGUGACCGGGUUGGUGACGGACAAGGACGGCAAGGCCCACUACGUGCUGUCGGGCACCUGGGACGAGAAGAUGGAGUUCUCCCGCGUCAUGCAGAGCAGCCGCGGCAGCAGCAGCGGCAGCGGCGCCGCCGGGGAGAACGGCGCCGCCGAGGCCAGACAGAAGACCGUCUACCAGACGCUGAAGGCCCGCGAGAUCUGGCACAAGAACGCCCUGCCGGAGCGGGCGGAGACCAUGUACUUCUUCACGGAGCUGGCCCUGACGCUGAACGAGGCGGAGGAGGGCGUGGCGCCCACCGACAGCCGGCAACGGCCCGACCAGCGGCUGAUGGAGGCGGGCCGUUGGGACGAGGCCAACGCCGAGAAGCAGCGGCUGGAGGAGAAGCAGCGCAGCGUGCGCCGCGAGCGGGAGCGUGAGGCCGCCAGCCUGCGCACCUCCAGCCAAUCGGAAGAGGGUACAGCUGUCGAAGAGGACAUCUUUACUGACCCCGCUCUGAAAAGCGUUCCGCACGACAGCCACAAGGCGCUGUGGUUCGACCGCUGCGACGACCCCAUCACCGGCGAGCCCGUGCACAUCUACAACGGGGGCUACUGGGAGGCCAAGGAUACGGGCACCUGGGAGGGCUGCGGAGAAAUCUUCUAAACCCCCCCCCCAUGCCGCCGCCGGACCCCAGCCCACUGUCACACUUCCACCGCCACCAGGGGAUUCUCCACUCCAGCCCCACCCCCCCGAAAGGCAGCUCUCUGUUCUAGGAGAGCUUGAGGACCCCCCGGUUUUCCUGCCUGGUCCUCAUCUCUUCAACACGCCAAACCCCCCCCCCCGUACCCCUGACCCCCAUCACCUAUGUCCUAGGAGUGGGUCCUAACCCCAUCACCUAUGUCCUAGGAGUGGGUCUUUACCCCCCCAUCGCCUAUGUCCCAGGAGUGGGUCCUCACCCCCAUCAUCUAUGUCCUAGGAGUGGGUCUUUACCCCCCCAUCACCUAUGUCCCAGGAGUGGGUCCUCACCCCCAUCAUCUAUGUCCUAGGAGUGGGUCCUCAGCCCCAUCACCUAUGUCCUAGGAGUUGGCCCUAACCCCCCCAUAACCUAUGUCCUAGGAGUGGGUCCCAGGAGUGGGUCCUGACCCCAUCACCUAUGUCCUAGGAGUGGGUCCUGACCCCAUCACCUAUGUCCUAGGAGUGGGUCCUGACCCCAUCACCUAUGUCCUAGGAGUGGGUCCUCAUUCCCAUCACCUAUGUCCUAGGAGUGGGUCCUGACCCCUACCACCUAUGUCCUAGGAGUGGGUCCUCAUUCCCAUCACCUAUGUCCUAGGAGUGGGUCCUGACCCCUACCACAUAUGUCCUAGGAGUGGGUCCUCAUUCCCAUCACCUAUGUCCUAGGAGUGGGUCCUGACCCCACCACCUAUGUCCUAGGAGUGGGUCCUGACCCCACCACCUAUGUCCUAGGAGUGGGUCCUGACCCCAUCACCUAUGUCCUAGGAGUGGGUCCUGGUAUCCUUGUGUGAACGUGGAACCAUCGCGUUGCGGGGGUGGUGGUGGUGGUGAUGGUGAUGGUGCGAGUGGCGACUUGUGCUGCGCUUUAUAUCUGGUCUAAAUCCCUUCUGGGAGGAGGAGGGGGGAGAGAGAGCGAACGUCCUGAAAUAGGUCAUCCAUACUCCUCCCUUGCCAUCGCCCCCUCCCCCCUCGGUGGAUCCUCCAUUGUAAUCAGUGUAAUACCCCCCCUCCCCCCCCCGUGGCCGGUAGGCCGUCUGGGGGGAGGGGCUAUAGUUCAGUAAUUGACUAAAGACAUUAAUUGGUGGCCUUCGUGACGAUUGCAGCGGGCGUCUCUUUGUUGCUAUUUUGUUAUUCUUAAUGAUUUUGUCGCCUGACGAAGGCAAAAAAUGAAGGUUUAUGGGUUGGUCUUCCAUCUUUUCUUUUCUUUUUUUUUACCUUCUCGAGGCAGCAUACUCUACAAAAAUCUGAACUUUCAUCCGUACUGCUAAUCCCUCUCUCUCUCUCUCUCUUUCUCUCUCUCUCUUCAGAGUCUGAUCUGUUCAUGACGCCAUUGCCUCGUGAAGUCGGGGGGUUUGCCUUAGAAACAAUUUGUCCCGCGCAUUCGUUUUGUUUAUGUUUUUUAUGAGAGGCUGGAUGAGAUGGACCAGAUUGUCUGUUGGUCGGUUUGUUUGGUUGGGGUGAAAGAAGAUAUUCAUGUUGAAUAUUAUAUUAUAAAGGAGAACAGAAUUAGGUAAAGAGUUGGCUGCAGCGCUUGCAUUUUAUCGCAAAGAGGAAAUAAUUAAGAGAGGAAUGAAUGAGAUUUGAAUGAAGUGCCAUUUUACACUGUAGAAGAGUACAAGUGUGCGUGCGUGUGUGUGCGCGCGCGUGUGUGUGUCAAAUACAUUGACCGAAUAGAUUCCUUUUAAAGUCGAGGCGAGUGCUUGGACAGUCUAAAAGGACCCAAGCAAGAGCGGAAUGAACAAGUUUUAAAUGCAUCGGUAAAUACAACUAACUACACACACACAUCCGAAUGCUCUGCCGAUUUCGUGCAUAUGCAAAAUGUGUGUCUUGGAACACCAAAAAAAAGAAAAGAUAUGGGAUAUACUGUGUGUGUGUGUGUGUGUGUGUGUGUGUGUGUGUGAGUAAUUUUGUUUAAGUGUACUUAAUGAAGUGAAUAAAGAAACAAAGACUUUAAAAAACCAUUGAAAAUAACUAUGAUUUUAUAAAUGUAUAGAAAAUGGUAAUAUUCAACUCUAAUUGUACGGUAGCUCAUUCUUGUCCAACUGUUCCUCUGCAGAGGAAUUUCUGCGUUUUCACAAAAAAAGGGAGUUUCCAGAACUUUCUAUAUGGAAGUGUACACAUGAUCUUCAGUAUUUUGACUCGAGAAAGUGACUUUGCUAUAAACACCUGCUGGUAUAUCAGAAAAUAAUGCUUUUCGUACUCCGAUCUUCAAUUUUGUUUGACUGUGUUUUACAUUAUUAACGGAUAACACAAUUGAAGGUUGUUUGCCAAAUCCUGUAGAAAUGUAAGUUGUUUUUUUUGUUCCAGUUCAAUCUGUGCAACAUUGAUGGGAACAUGUAAAAGGUUGAAAAUAAAAUCACAAAAGAGAACUAUUCUACUUGUAAGACUCCCCUUAUAAUGAUGUACAAUUUAGAUUAUCCAUGCACCAAAGGAAAAGUAAUGUUUAUUUUGGUCCAUAGUGGUUUAACCAGUUAGCGUCUUGGGUAUGUGCUUGAAAUCCAAUACCUGACUAGAAAUACGAUGUCCUGCAUAGAAGUUGA